CAGCGGUGGCGGUCGGUGGACGGCGGCAACAUUCUAGAUUUUCAACCCCUGGCCGGUGGUGGUCGGCGUCUCGGGAGUGUUGCGUGCGCAAGCGAGCAGAGUCGAGGUCGUCCAUCGUCGCCUGCUCAUUCCUAGAAAGGUCGAUCGUUGACAAGUGGUGGCGGCUUUCCCGGCACCAGUCUUGCGCUCGAUACACUGAGUGAAACCCACCAUGGCCUCGAGCACUGCUCGUCGCUCGUCCCCCAUUUGAAUAAUCAUGCCGAUGAACACAAAGAACUGUUGACGCUAGAUUGUGACAAGGAGAUCAUUCAGACCCUCUUGUUCCAGCCGUCGCCGCCUCCUUCAAGUCUUGAUGCAACCGCCGACGCUUCCACGACCAUCCCUGGAAUCUCCGACAUAACGUCGGCCACACCAGUCGCCGCCUCAUCUUCACCUCCCAACUUUAAUGACCUACUGUCCUUGCACCUGCCAUCCCUCGACACCAUCAUGCCCAUGUAUUCGACAAACGAACCGUACUUUUCGUACGACCUCUUCCUCCCAGAAGACGUCUCGAUGGACGGUUUGGACACCUCUCGCGACAGCACAAAUGCUAACACCAUCACGCAGCCUCCUUCGAAGCGCGUCAAGCUCAGUGCGAUGUCGACGUCAACGCUUCCCCGAGUGUCGUCGUCAGGUUCCUUACCAACGUCGACCGCGAUGCGUCCUCGCAUGCGCAAUUUUCAGUGCCCCCACCCAGGGUGUGGCAAGUCGUUCGCCGACAAUGCACACCUCCGCGACCACACAUUCGUCCACACGGGCGAAAAGAACCUGCGCUGCCCUGAUUGUGACAAGUGCUUCGCUCGCGUCGCGUCGCUGCGCUCGCAUCGCCGAGUGCACACUGGCGAGCGGCCGUUUGUGUGCGUUGAAGCUGACUGCGGCAAGCGAUAUGCCUCUCGUUCAGCUCUUCGCAUGCACGCAAACGUCCAUGCAAAGGCAGCGCCGCCUCCGCUACCGCCUGGAAAGCUGUCGCCUGUGAAGAAGCGCCAAAAGAAGACGGCAAAGUUGGCUGCGGGACCCAAGCAACCUCUUCGUUCCGUCGUGGUUUCACCUGCCGUGCCAUUGAUGCCCGCUGCGGUUUCCCUCCGAGACAUGAGCGAGAAGAGUCGAUGCCGCCGCCUCGCGGAGACGAUCAAGGAACAACGUCAAGUUAUCAUGGACCUCAAAGCCCAACUGGCGACAACGACGGCAUCCUCUACCAGCCACUGCAAGACCAUCACAUCCAAGAUGUCGCCGUCCAAGCAGCCGAAAGCCAUCCAGACGGCGACCUCUGCGACGACCGCGAAGAAGAAGAAAGCCCCGAAACACCCAAAGCUCGUGAGCCUGACACCAAUGGUGGCCCCACUGCACCUCCUCCAGGACGGCAUCAAGCCAUUCCAGUGCAUGUUGGGGUGUGGUCGUACAUUUUCCAACUACUUUCAGCUUGCGUUUCAUGCCAAGCAGCACCCGACGGAGGAUCCGCGCAACGUGCUCGGCGACCAGCUGCCGUUCCCGGUCGGGCCCAAAUACUGCCCGGUCGCGGGCUGCGAAUUCAGCGAAGAAGGGGGCAAGUGCAUGAAGACGCUGCAGAUUGUCAAGCGGCACUGGCAGCGCGUGCACCAGAACGAUCGUCCAUUUCUGUGCCCGGACUGCCCCCCCAUGCACGCCCCAAAAGCGUUCAAGACGAAAGACAACCUGACGGCGCAUCGGAAGGAGUGCAAGAAGCGAAGUUUGAACGACUCACUCGUCGUCGUGCCACCCUCGACGACCCUCGUCACUUGACGACUAUUUAAGUGGCACACCAACAUCGUAUUUAAACCUACCGACCGUCUUCGUUGAGUCGCCGGGCAAGGAAUGGAUCGAGUGACGCGUGCAUCAUCCACGUCAUGCACGACAAACACUCGCACGAAGAUCAGAGAGGACUUGAUGCCGUCGAUCGCGCUGGGGCAUGCCUCGAUACGCCGAGACUGCAUCCUUGUGUUUGACGCCAGGGUCGGGCGAGACCCCUCUCGUGGCACGGCACUGUUUCGUAGCAAACGACAGACCGGGCCACGACGCCUGGAACGUCGAGAUAUCUCGCCUUGCUGCACGGACAACCGACCCACGGCACUGGCGAUGGUUCGUCGCAUCCCCUUCCGUCGUUUCUCGUGAUUGAAAGCCUCGUCACGGUGUGAGGUCAAGAUUCCCCACACGCACGUUGACGGAAUGCUUCAUCGCGUCGAUGGCAUAGACAGUGGUGCGACUCGAGCCAAUUCCAUCACGCAACGGAGCCUCCGCUUCGACGCCUGGACACCGCGCGCGCCUCGCCAUGUGCCUGGAACCAACGACAUUUCGACCACUGAUACAUUGAAUCGUAACUUCCUAUAGCCAAUCUCCGUCUUCCUUGUCGUCGUCCGAGUCCGAGCUCAACCACGACUGGUUGUUCGUCAGUCGAGACGCUUCGGCUGCGGACGAGUCUUGCGUCGCGUACUUGUUGGCGACGAUCGAGACGUCUUCGUGGCUUUCAUAAGAGUCCAACGACCGGAAGAUCGCGUUCGAGGAUGCAGGCGCAGCUGCCGCGACGUUAACUACCGCGGCCGCAGCAUUCCCCGACAUGGACGAACGACUUGCGCGCGACACGCUGCGCCCUUCUACGGCUGCGUUCAAACACAUCCACCACUUUUCAAAGUCGUCUUUGUUGUCCGCCGUCACACGUAACACGCGGCCCUUCUCAAAGUUGACGUCGAUCGACAGAGGCUUGUCUUUGUUUAUUCGGACACCGCACACCUGGCCGUUGCCUUUGGCUGCGCCAGUCAUGUUGGCGUUGUCGAAAUAUGUCAGCGACCGCCCUUGAAGCGAAAAGUAGCGCCGCUUCCAAUUUUUCACGCGGCCGCCUUCCUUGGCGAGCCAUCCAAAACACCCACCGGUGUCAUCGUCCGCGGCGAUGCUGCUGCGCAACGACGACACCGAGCUGUUGCUGCGCGUGUCGCGGGGCGGGAAACUCAUCGAACUGCCUGACCCGUUCAACGGACCUCGAACGCUGACUUGGGCGACAAGAGGAGGUUGGCCAGACGUAGCUUGUGCGAUGGCGUUAAUCCAUUCUUCACAACCCUCAGCAGUGUCUGUGUACAGCUUCAUCACACGGCCACCUGUGCCGUGCACAAGCAGGCCGUUCUUGAUAUCGUGCGCAAUCUCAACUGUGAUCACCUGGAAGCUGCCUUUCGCCUUGGAGUUGCCCUCCACCUUUUCACUCUCGAAAUACGUGAGCUGCUUGUUCUUGAGCACCAUGUACCGCUUCUUCCAGCUCUUGAUCAUGCUCCCCUGCUUGUACACCCAUCCUGCGUAGUCGUACGACUGCAUCGUCGUCGACGAAG